CUACGGUCUAUCCACCCCCCUGCCGCUGCUGGGCUUGUGAUUGCCGCUCGCUCCAGCUGAGCUAAGAGUAGCAGCAGCACCAGGGCAAGGACUGACUCCAGCCCUUGGACUUAGGACAUCGCAGCACCUUCCCUUGCGUGCGUUGACUCAUUCGCAUAUCAUUUCUGUUUAUGCCUGGGGUGGGGAGAAAAAUCCCAAACCAGCUGUGUAAAUGAGUAUGGAAGAUUAUGAUUUCCUGUUCAAAAUUGUUUUAAUUGGCAACGCUGGUGUGGGGAAGACGUGCCUAGUUCGCCGAUUCACUCAGGGUCUUUUCCCCCCAGGUCAAGGAGCCACAAUUGGAGUUGAUUUUAUGAUUAAGACAGUGGAGAUAAAUGGUGAAAAAGUAAAGCUACAGAUCUGGGACACAGCAGGUCAAGAGAGAUUUCGGUCCAUUACCCAGAGUUAUUAUCGAAGUGCCAAUGCCUUGAUCCUCACCUAUGACAUUACCUGUGAGGAAUCCUUCCGUUGCCUUCCUGAGUGGUUGCGGGAAAUAGAACAAUAUGCCAGCAACAAGGUCAUCACUGUGUUAGUAGGUAACAAGAUUGACCUUGCUGAAAGGAGAGAGGUCUCCCAGCAGAGAGCUGAAGAAUUCUCAGAAGCUCAGGACAUGUAUUAUCUGGAGACCUCGGCCAAGGAAUCUGAUAAUGUGGAGAAACUCUUCCUUGACUUAGCUUGUCGACUCAUCAGAGAAGCCAGACAGAACACACUUGUAAACAAUGUAUCCUCACCCUUACCUGGAGAAGGGAAAAGCAUCAGCUAUUUGACUUGUUGUAAUUUCAACUAAAGGUUGAGGUAAAAAGAAGCAAAAGGAGAUCAGCAGCUGCCCUGAUGGGCCACGAGUUGCUGGGGAGAUCUGGCGAUGACUGUGGCUCCUGCUCUCGGACCUUCUGACUCCUGUGGGCUCCUGAGCUUACAAAGCAUGGCAGGCCAAGGGCUGUGUCCACAGGCCAGCAUUAGCAGAACAUACAAUGGUUUCACUCUUUCGCGGUCUCGAGUUGGAGCAAGGAGAAAAUUGCACUAGGAGCUCCAUGAUCUGCAGAGCAUGUUGCUUUUGUUUUUUUAAAAAGCAAGUAAAAGCGCAUUCCUGAACGCAGUCCUGAGGGAAAUGUACUGUAGGGAUCCCUCCCGCACGUCAGUGUGUGCAUGUGGGGGCUGUUCUUGCGGGCUUCAGUGGUAAUCUGGGGGCCCUGAUUUUUUUGUCUACCAGAUAAAACAAACCUGGGAAGGCCAAGUACUGUCUCUGUGGUGCAUAUCGAUGACCCCAUGGAGAUCUUGAAAAGUGUUAUUUCUUUUGUCCACAGGCACUUUCAAGAACUUUGGGAUGUAAAAAUGAAAUGAAACCUUUACCCAUGACCAACAGUAACAAUCAUUGUUUUAAUAAUAUAUACAAACUCCAUGACUCCUUUUGGUGCUAAUGAUUUCACAGACCAAACAUUUUAGUGCAUUGAUGUCCUUAAAUGUAUUAAGAAAUAAAAAAAAAAAAUUGGGAAAGUUCAUGAAUCUGUACUCCUUCUCAAAGUCUCAUUCCUACCUUUCUAGAGUGGAUUUGUUGGAAAAGAGAAUACUUUUCCUUUCAUGUUUCCCUCUGAUUCCCUACCAUUUCAUCUUCUAUUUUCUUUUCUUUCCUACUAUUUGAAAUCAAUGAAGUUUGAAGAAUAAAAAAUACAAAUGGAUGUUAAUUGAAUAUUUGAAUAUAAAAGAUUAUCUCUAAGACCUUAUGAUUAGUAUCAGAAAAUGGGCCAGAUAUGACCAAAAUACUGUGGAAUAAUGGACUGAAGUACAGAGUUCCAAGUAGACAGAGCAUGUUCCUUGAUGAUAGGUCAUUUCUUCCUGGCACUGUCCAUCUUGGACUAAGCAAUGCUUAGGCUUUUAUAGAUGUUUUAAGUAUGAUAAGUGAGAAUAGCAACAGAGGAAAUGUCUCACAUGUUUCUAUCUUCAAGGAUAACCUUAGGAAGAUUCUGCUUGUUGAAGCAGGUUGAGCUGUCAUGUAUCAUCUCUUUCUAGUAAUAAUGUUACUCUCAGCCUUGCCACCAUACAUUGUUUCCUAUUUCUCUUUUCCUAUUUCCUGGUCUCUCCUUCCCUUACUUCCUCCCUCCCUGCUGUUCUCCUUCCUUUCAUGCUGGUGUUACUGCAAACCUCUGUUUCAAAUGGGGGUGUAGAUGCCUUUACUUAGCCAAUGGUAAAACAAGGACUCAAGAUGGAAGAUGUGCUGCUGAAUACAUGUUCCUAUUUCUUGAGUGCCAUACUUUGAUGACUUCCAAUUUGUUCACUGAUAUAAGCGCAAAUUGGGAGGAUAAUUAAACCUGUGUGCUGUUGAUGCUGUCAGAUGUUUCUAUAGCUGGCUGCUUAGCAUAAUGCGGGAUGAGUAAUGGAAUAAGGAUAUGACAAGUAAUUCCACCGUUGCUGUAGAUGGUGACAACCUCGGUCCUAAUAUGUUGUUCUCUGAAAGUGGUUUAAUUGUAAAGAAAUGAGUCAUGGAGAGACAUGAUAUUGAUAAGAUAAAGCAUUUUUAGCAUUUUUUCAGCAAGUUACGGAGUGACUAAUCUCAGGCACAUGGGAUUAGUCAUGUUGUUGAAAGGACUGAUACUUUUGAUUGGCCUCACUGUGUUUUGUCCUGAUCCUAUGGGAAACAGGAAAGGAUCCUUGAAAUUUGAAUUGUUUUUCUUUUAGGAUCUGUCUCUAAAGGGGGGAAAAAAAAAGCCCAAAAUAAUUUAUUAUAAUUGUUGCCUUUCCCUCUGCAUCUUCAUUACUCGAGCAACUAAAGGUAUUCAGAAAAUAAGUUAAUCAAGGCAGGUUAGCCUUUUAAACUGUGAGGAAAUGCCCCUAAGUUUAUUAACUUUCAUUUAAGACAAAAAUCUACUGUUCGCAGAAUACGAUGACCCAACUCUGUCUUACAGCAGCAGCUAUGUUGAAAAUAUGGUUGCUUUAGUUGCAAAACACCAACCUCUAGGGCCAUAUUUGUAAUAUGACAUUUAUUCCCUGGGGCAUGGCUUCCUCUCUCUGUUGGUGACCAAGGAAGGGGAUUAGAAGGCACUGACCUUGAUUCUUUCUUUCCCUGGUACUCCUCUCAACCUCUCUAAAGCCUAGGUCACCCUGCCAUAGACCUCCAGCAGGGAUAUAUGAGAAUGUCAGCCUGUCUUCCUUCCUUCCUUCCUUCCUUCCUUCCUUCCUUCCUUCCUUCCUUCCUUCUUUCCUUCCUUCCUUCCUUCCUUCCUUCCUUCCUUCCUUCCUUCCUUCCUUCCCUUUUCUUCCCCUUUCUUCCCUUUUCUUCCCUUUUCUUCCUUCUUUAUUUUUUUUCCCUUAGCUAUGUGAAUUCCAGGCUGGGUUUAUGGACACUUAUCCACUGAUGUAUCUCAAUCCCUAACAGUAUUGUAGGUGCAAUAAAUAUUAGUGAAUAAAUAAUUUAGUGCUGAGAGGGGCAUUUUUUGGCUAAAUGGAAAUUCUGUCAAAUAGAAUUUGAGAGGAAACAGUAGUUAAAUGAAGUCAUCUCAACACAGGCGGAGACCCACAACUUUCUGGCUUUUCUGAUAGUUCUUAUUGUCAUGGUAGUAGUAUUCACUAAGAUGAACCUUCUUUAGGCUAAAAAUGUAUUCUCAUUUAAUGAUAGAUAAAGAAUUAUUUCAUCAUAAUUUAAUCUGGCUUGGUCUUACUAAUAAGACUCCAGAAUCCAUGUCUUCUUCCAUUAUUGCUGUGCUUUUUUUCUCCUUUUAAUAAAGUUAUUAAAUAUAUGGCAAAAAUUUUCUCAGUUCCCAAUGAAAAUGGAUAUUUAUGUCAUGGGAUCAGUCUUGGGAAAAUCUACAAAUUAUAGUUUGCUGAUAUUAAUGAUAUUUUAAUAUAGCUUCCUGUAGAUUGUCUCCUCAAAGGAUUUUGUGCUUUCUCCAUUGCCUAUGCAAGGAUUUUUACUCCUUUGCAUGCCUUUAUUAUAUUUAUUGAAUAACAUUGACAUUUAAUUUUUUAUUAUCGAGGGGCAAUUAUCUUUCUGUGGGUUACUUUAAUUAGGCCAUUGGCUUUUCCUGGACAUUGCCCCUGACUUGUAGUUAUUUCAUGUUAGCAUCUCUUCUUAAGUGGCAAGAAAACAACUAAACAUGAUACUCCAGUGGAUUGAGUUGACAAUAUAUCAAAUCCUGACUUGCUAAGAAAGGUGGAAGACAAUGACCAGAAGUGGAUCUGUGAGUUAGGAUUAUUGGCUGGAGGAAGCAGAUGCAGAAAGGGAAUAAAGGUAUUCAGCAAAUUCUUUGUCUUUGUUCUGAAGGAUACUGGUGACUCCCAGUUGUAUGUCAGUAAUUUGCUAUCCCACAGUUCUUCCACAUCCAGCACCAAGUUUCAAUUAAUAACUUACUCUGAAUAAAUAUCACUUGCAAAUGAUUUUGAAUUGGUCUUCUGAUUCAAGUGAAAGAUCUUUUUUAUAAGAUACAUGAAUGAGAGACUAAUCAGAAAAAAAUCUGUUUCCUUUUAUCAUUUGUUAAACCAAAUGGCCUUAAAGAUAGACAUUUUCCAUUUCUUAGUCCUGGAGAAUUCUGUGUAUGCCCUCUGGAACAGCUCUUCGAGGAAUUGCCAUUUCUUUUCUCUAGAGUUUUUUUGUUGUUUUUUUAACUGCAGCUUGUUACUUAUUUUUUUCAACUCUGGUCUUGACAAAUGUGUUUUGAUGUGACUAUAGUAAUGUAUUUGAGACUUAGAGAACCAAAAGCAAGUGAAACCACAUCCACAUAAGCAGUAUGGUUAAAUACUCAUUUUGGGAGAAGAGAGGAUGUUUCUUAUUUUGGGGUUUCAUUUAUGUGACACAAGCCUAUUUGUGUUUAUAAAGAAAGCUACCUCUCCUCACAUUUUUUCACACUUUAUACUGUUUUAAGAAAUUAUCAUCUUUUCAAGCCACUAAUUAAUAUCAUAAUGUUUUAAUAAAGGAGAUGGCGUUUCAUCCUAUUUAUUAACUUCUAUGAUUUUGGAAUGUUACAGUCAUUUCUGGGAACCAUACUUUGAAAUGAAAAACAAAUUGAAGCAUAACCAGCUUUGUGAAGGAAUUUAGAAUUUAAGACAUUUGAAGAGUACUUUAAAAAUUUUGGGGAGAGUUAGUCUGGAAAAGAAAAUUAAUGUGUUACUGCAAGAUGCUGUGGAUGGGAUGAGACCCAUUGAAUAGGGGCCAUAGGUCUAAAGAUUUGGACUCUACAUCAGAGACAACUUUUGAAAAAAGUUGCUUCAUCAAGGAAAGUGCUGUCUCAGAAGCUAGAUAAGUACUUGGUAAAAAUGAUGUGGAGAGAACUGAAGCAGUGGUUGGGAAUUGAACCAGAUGAUCGAUUAACUUAAAAUUUCAUCUUGCAGUGCUUUGCCUCUCAUAAUGUGUUCAGUUAAAUACCUAUUGACUCACAGCUACUGAUACUUUUAAAAAAGCUUUGCUCGUCUACCAUAAGUACAUCCCAUCCUCUGUUCAAUCAAAAACUGGUUCCUGAAUUUAAAAAGGUAUUCUUUCAGGAAAAGUUAUGUGAAAUCAUGGAAAUUAUUCACUUAUCACUCACCAAACAUAAUCCCCACUCAGCUUAAUGAAUAAUGCGUGUGUCUCUAGGAUUUCAAGGUAGGCCUUUUUAGUAGAGCAGAAUCUUCACUAAGGAUCCUGCAACUAGACUAACAUGAAGUUUUCUAUCUCCUGUAGGCAGGGGGCUGGUGGGUCACUGGCAUAAAGCAGUCCCCAAGAUCUAUUUUAGAAAAGAUUCAAAUGACAUUUGGAUAGUUGAUUUGAUUCUCUUGAGAAGAUUGAAGUUUAAAAGAACUAAAGCCAAACUGCUUUAUGUGAAACAUAGCAGAACACAGGUCUUUGAUUUGAAAAUUAGAGAUAAUUUAUGUAAGAUUUUUUGUUAAUAAAGCAUAUGACUCAAAUGAUUCUGUUUGGAGAAUAACUUUAUACUUUUCUGGGUUGAGAGAUGGAUUUUUGUUUGUUCUUUGAUAAGUCAGUGUUCUUGAAGUGGUCUUGAAUCAUUAUGGAGAGAAACAUACUUGAGUUGGAUGAGGGUUCUUUUUUAUUUAUUUAUUUUUUGGGGAAGGACAAGGAGACUUCUUUGGAUAGCAACCACUUCUUGGACUUCCUGAGGUGUAUGAUUCAAAAUUUUACUUUCUCACUUAUUUAAAACAGAAUUUUUAGAGAUGCUGUAUUCUAGUUUCUGAUGGAAUCCUUGGUAUAUGGUGAUUGACCCUUUGGAGAGUAAUUUAUGCAGAUGUAUAGAAGGGAAGUACUAGUUUAGGUAUGUGCUAUAAUUAGCUGUGACUUCAGGCAAAGCACAAUAUUUUGAGCAUCAGUUUUCUCAUCUAUGAGAUUUUCCAGGAAUAUCAUGAAAAUGAGAUGAGACAAAGUGAAAGUACAGUGCUCAGCAAACAGCAUUCAAAUGUUCUUUUCUUCUUAAGAGCAGGUUUUGGUACAGGUAUAGAUUCUUAAGGGGGAUAGAAAAAACACCACAGCUUUCCUGGAUUCAAAUAAAACAGCUUCAUUUCUGAAAGCAUUCCCUAAAAGAAACUCGUUUAUUGGUCUGCCUUUCAGCAUUACUGUCAUCCUCCUUUUUUUUUUUUUUUUUUUUUUCUCACAUACUUCAGGAAAAGUAUUCUCUCUUUCUCCUGAUAGGCAAUUCCAGGGUUGUAAACUCAUUAUCAGGAAAUGUAGUCUCAAAAUUAAAUACCUCACAGUGUAAUUUAAAUAUGUUUUUUCUUGAUCCUAUUCUCCAUGUAAAGAAAAGAAAAAUGGAUUGAUCUCUUCUUUUUAUGGGGCCACAUUUACUGUUUAUUGUUGUCCGUUUGUCUAAUUUUAAAAAACCCAGAAAAUUAAUUAAGGUGAUAUCGUUAUUCCCUUUGUGAACAUUAGGAUAGCUGUUUAUUAAUUCUUAGCUUUUUAUUGGAAUCAGGUUUAGAUCAUAAACUUACUGGUGAUUAAUUCUUCAAUUAUACAUGAACUUUUCUUCUUUUAAUUCUUGAUAACAAGGUGUGCUUUGGAGAAAUUAUUCCAGUUAUGUGGCUCUUGUUUUUUCCCUUGGUGAAAAUGGAGUUGUGAAUCCUAAGUUUGUGAUCUGCUUUAGGAAUUUUAUUUUGUAUUUUAUUUUAUUUGAUGGACAUAAUUAUCAACCCCUAAGGGUUUCUUUCACUUUCUACAUGUGCACUAAGUUCUGAAAUAAACAUUGGAGUACCAAGUGUCUAAUAAAACAAAAAUUCAUGUACAGAAUAACAAAAAAGAAUCUGGCUUCUUAAGAUAAUUUGUCAUUAGUUUGAAUGGUACAGUUUUUGUUUAAGGUUACACAGUUAUGCCUGGAUUAAAUAAUAAUAGAAAAACUUGACAAGCCCUCUGAAAAUAGCUGCUACACAUAUUGCUUUCUGGAAUGUAAUCAUUAGGUAUAUUCUCUUGUUCUAUUCAACUGCAGAAUGCUAGUGGAACUUUCUUAUAGGCUAUUUGACAAUGAAUGUCAAUUGAUUUUUAAAAAAUCCUCUUAUCCCUUUAGAGGCCUAUUGGGGCUUUCAUGUCCCUGUUGUAGAAACUUUUAAAUGACUGGAAUGCUGGCUUCUAAUUUCUUCUCACUGAAGUGUCUUCUGGAAUACCAGACGAUUGGAGCUCCUUUGAUAUCAAAUAAGGAAGCUACAAAAAUAUAUUCAGAUUAAUGCAUGAGUAAAAUUGCUGUUGUCAGCAAAAAACACUCUGCUCAAAAUUUCAAAUAAUGAGUUAAGAGAUUUUUGAUCAUCUAAAGGGAAGAAGUGUGUCCCAUAAAUAUUGUUGCACACACUUUUAAUGCAUGACUUUUAGUGUAGGGAUGAAACAAAAUGCAAAAUAUAUAAUUCUGGGAUUUUUUCAGCAGCUAGUUAGCAUAUUUAGAGAUGCUACUUUAUGAAGACUUAAAGAAUCCUUGAUUUUCUCCCUUUUUCCUAUCCCUUCAUUAAAACAUGGAUUUUUAAUAUAUAUGUAGUUUCUACAACAAGUUAAUCAUUGAGUUUAAUGAACUCAAAUCUUAAUAUUUGGUUAUUGGUUUCAAGCAUAGGAUUUCAGUAAAGUCUGUAUACAUCAAUAUAUAAAAUCUAACUAUCAACGUCAUUAUAAGCAUAGUACUUGAUUUAAAAAUGUUAAUAUGCAAAUAUUAAUGGUACACUGUAUCAUACUUAUAUGUUCAUAUAUAAAUGUGAUUGUAUGAACAAUUUUGAACAACAUUUAAAAACUGGGGUGAGAAAGGGGUCAAGAACUUGAACAAAAUGUUUUCAAAUGAUGUUGCAUCUCUCUUUUAAAAAUUAAGUUGUAAUUCACAUACAAUUUACCCUUUUAGUGUACAAAAUUCAUCUUUUUCAUAUAUUCACUACAUUGUUCAGUACCACUGAUAUCUAUUUUCAGAACAUUUCCUCAUCUCCAGAAGAUACCUUAUAUCCAUUAGCAUUCACUCCUCCCUGUCCUUCCCAGCAUCUGGCAACAACUAAUAUACUUUCUAUCUCUAUGGAUUUGCCUAUCCUGGCUAUGUCACCCAAAUAAAGUCAUAUAAUAUGACAAUAUGUGGCCUUUUGUGUCUGGCUUUUCUUAAUUAUCAUAAUUUCUUCAAGACUCAUCUAUGUGGUAGCAUGAAUCAGUACAUUCUUUUCAUGGUCAAAUAAUACAUCUCAUUGUAUGUGUAUACCACAUUUCAUUUGUCCAUCAGUUGAUGGGCAUUUGGGUUAUUUCUGCUUUUGGCUAUGAUAAGUAAUAAGUAAUGCUGCUAUGAACAUUUAUGUAAAAAGUUUUUCUGGGGGCAUAUGUUUUCACAUCCCUCUAAAAGCAAUUAGUCUAACCAACCAUGUCAUUUGUGUUGAUUUAUGUAGAGCCUUUUAAAAUCCUAUUUGGAGAAUAUAAUUUUUGAUCUUAGUUCAAUUGAUCAAUUAAGAGACUCCUGAAUAAUGGCUAACACCCCAAUGUAUUCAUAAGAAUUUUUCUAUGAGCCUGUCAUUUAAAUAAUCAAUUUCAUGAAGAUUGCUUCAGUCUUGUAGAAGUUGAGUUAUCACAUAGAGCAUUUCUUAAGUCCUCUGCAUUAUUUUAGGGACAGCUAUACAUCAUGCUGGAGAGGUCUACUCAUAUCUCAUAUCUAAUCUCUUAGGAUUCAAUGAAGGAGCAUUUUUAACAUACAGUUUCUUUUAUAUAUUGACUAUAUUCUAAAGUUUGAAUUUUCUUUCUUGAACAAAGAUUGUCAAAUUGCCAAACCGCCUGACUGUCCAUUGUAGCUUAAGUUUUAUUAAGAAAUAAUUUACACUGAGCAAAAGUAAAAAGAAUGUAUUUUGUGUGCAAAGGAUGAAUGUAUUAAAAAGAACUUUUUUAUUUGUAACAAUUUUUUUAAAAAGCUGAAUGGAAUUUCUUUCCCAUGUACUUGUAUAUAAAUAAACAUUUUCUGUUACCCACAUUUGGAGGAUGAUAUGGCAUCAAAGUGUGUAAAAAGCAAAUAGGCUUUAAGUAUAAAAAAGUCAUUUAGCAUGA